AUGGAUCCGUGGGCCGUAAUUGAUCAGAAUGAGAAACGAUAUGUUUCUUCCGAUGUUCCAAGAAGAAUUAAACACAUCCAAUUCCAACCUUUCACACCUAAAGACAUCGUUCGAAUAUCAGAGGUUCAAGUGAAUCAUUCUGAUUUAUAUCAAAAUCAUGAAGAUGGAAGUAGGACGACAGCAGCACAUGGUCCAUUGGAUGGUAGAAUGGGUCCAAAUGAAAAGGGAAAGAAAUGUUUGACAUGUGGUGAAGAAGCGGCAAAAUGUGUUGGACAUUAUGGAUAUGUCAAAUUAGCUCUCCCAGUCUUUCAUAUCGGAUAUUUCAGACCCACCAUCAACAUGUUAUCGUGUAUCUGCAAGACCUGUGCAAGAGUAUUACUUCCUCAGGAAGAAAGACCUGUAUACCUGAAACGAUUCCGACGGCCAGGUCUCGAGUCAUUACAACGUCAAUCAGCCGCCAAAGCAGUACUGGCUUCAUGUAAGAAAAGGAACUGGUGCACAUAUUGUGGAGCAGCCAAUGGCGUAGUAAAGAAAUCUGGACCUAUGAAGAUCAGUCACGAACCAUAUAGAGCACCGAAGAUGGCCAAUCACAAAGAAGAAUGGAUGAGCACUUUCAAAACUGCCGUUGCGGACAACUCGGCUGUAGCUACGCAUCUCAAUAAAGCCGUGGAAGAUCUAAAUCCUUUGAAGGUGUUAGAUUUGUUCAAAAGAGUUACACCGGAGGAUUGUGAACUGCUAUCCUUACACCCAGAAAUAGGUAGACCAGAAGAUUAUAUAUGGCAAUAUAUAUCAGUACCUCCGCCAUGUAUCCGACCGUCUGUCGCUUCAGAAGCGGGAAACAAUGAAGAUGACUUGACCGCCAAAUUAGCGGAAAUUGUCAAUCUCAAUAUGAAUUUGACUGUCAUGAUGAACCUGGGCCGGGGGAUUGAGAUGAUCACUACCAAUUGGGAAGCACUAGGUCAAGCUGUGGCCUUAUACAUCAAUUCACAAGCACCGGGAAUGCAAACGAUGGGAGCCAAACCUAUUAGAGGUUUUGUACAACGUCUGAAAGGUAAACAAGGUCGAUUCAGAGGAAACCUGUCUGGUAAACGAGUGGAUUUCUCUGGUCGAACGGUUAUUGGACCGGAUCCAAAUCUGAGGAUUGACGAGGUUGCUGUUCCCGAAAAAGUCGCCGUGAAACUUUCAUAUCCUGAAAGAGUCACAGAUUACAAUAAAGCCGCAAUGCAAGAUGCCAUUGUUAAUGGGUCCAGACUGCACCCAGGUGCCAAUGUACUAGAGAGAAAGGGAGAAAAUGGAGCACCACCGAUGAGAAUCGCUUUACACGUUAUGAAAGAUAAAGAAUCCCGAAAGAGAUGGGCGAGAGAUUUGCAAAUUGGUGAUAUCGUACAUCGGCAUGUACGAGAUGGAGAUAUCGUACUCUUCAAUCGACAACCGAGUUUGCACAAGCUUUCUAUCAUGUGUCAUCGAGUGAGAGUACGACCAUGGCGAACGUUCCGUUUGAACGAAUGUGUCUGUAAUCCAUACAAUGCCGAUUUUGAUGGUGAUGAGAUGAAUUUGCAUGUCCCGCAAACGGAAGAAGCGCGAACAGAAGCUCUUGAAUUGAUGUCAGUAAAGAAGAAUUUGGUGACACCUCGUAAUGGAGAACCUAUUAUUGCUGCCAUCCAAGAUUUCAUUACUGCCUCCUACCUCCUUUCUCGAAGAGACCGUUUCUUUGAUCGUCAACAAUUCGCUCAAAUCGCCUCUUAUCUUCAGGAUGCCAAUCUACCGAUCGAGCUACCCCCACCUGUUAUCUGGAAGCCUGUCCGUCUGUGGACCGGUAAACAAAUAUUUAACCUUCUUAUGAAACCCAACAAAGCCUCACAUGUAUAUGUCAAUUUGGAAGCGAAAUGCCGAACAUUGGUCGAUCCACUGAAAGAAGAUCGUUUCCCACUAGACAUGUCCCCAAAUGAUGGGUAUUUAGUUAUACAAAACAGUGAAAUUAUGUGUGGAGUAUUCGACAAAAAUACCGUUGGAGAUGGAAAGAAGAAUUCAGUAUUUGGUGUUAUUUUGAGAGAUUAUGGACCUGAAGAAGCAGCGAAAGCGAUGAAUCGACUUGCCAAGUUGUCCGCAAGAUUCUUAGCGAACUUAGGUUUCUCGUUAGGGAUCAAUGACGUUAUUCCUGGACCUAUACUGUUUCAAUCGAAAGAUGCGAAAGUAGUCAAGGCAUAUGAAACUUGUGAUGAAUUCAUUGAUUUGGCCAAGAAAGGUAAACUAGAAAACUCACCUGGUUGCGAUCAAGAAGCUACCUUAGAACAGAAGAUUUCCGGGACACUAUCGGGAGUCAGAGAAGCUGUAGGAAAGAUUUGUAUGCAGGAGUUGAGCAGGCAUAAUGCUCCCCUCAUUAUGGCUACUUGUGGUUCUAAAGGUUCCGUUAUCAACGUCGCUCAAAUGGUGGCAUGUGUAGGUCAACAGAUUAUCGCUGGUUCUCGUGUACCGAAUGGUUUCCAAGACCGAUCAUUACCUCAUUUUAAGAAGAAAUCCAAAAAUCCACCUUCCAAAGGUUUCGUCAGAAACUCUUUCUUUUCAGGGUUGACACCUACAGAAUUCCUGUUCCACGCCAUCUCAGGAAGAGAAGGUUUGGUUGAUACUGCGGUCAAAACGGCCGAGACCGGAUAUAUGGCUCGACGACUUAUGAAAGCUUUAGAAGAUUUAUGUACGCACUACGAUUUGAGUGUGAGAAACAGUGUUGGUGGUGUAGUCCAAUUCCAAUAUGGUGAUGAUAUGUUAGAUCCAGCAUGUUUAGAAGGAGAUGCUACACCAGUCGAAUACGUCAGAAGUUGGACUCACGCUUGUCGAACUGCUGACAGAUCAGGAAAAGCGUUACUGCCUUACGAAGUCAGAGAAAUCGCUCAACGAAUCUAUCCCGAAUCAAUGAUAAUCCCUCCUGCGCCCCCACCGAAAAGAGGAUGUCAUGAGAAAUACAGAGAGACAACAUAUACUUUCAUCAUUGAUAGGAUUGUCAAAGUCAUGAUAGACCAACGUGUUGCAAGGGGACUACCGGAUGCCGACAACAAAGCUAUGGCGGAAGAGUAUGAGGAUUUAUUAGUCUCCGAUGAUGCUGCUGUUCGACAGGUAUUAGAAAACGCCAACAAGGUGACUGAAUCACAACUCAACUCUUUCAUCGACAAUUGUCGAAUCCGGUACUUACAAGCCAAGAUCGAACCUGGAUCAACAGUCGGUGCCGUCGGUGCACAAUCUAUCGGUGAACCAGGAACUCAAAUGACUUUGAAAACUUUCCAUUUCGCCGGUGUAGCUUCGAUGAAUGUCACCUUGGGUGUACCCCGUAUAAAAGAGAUUAUCAAUGCUGCAAAAGUCAUCUCUACUCCAAUCAUCACUGCCGAGAUGAAUAUACCGGAAAGCGAGACUGCAGCUAGAAUCGUUAAAGGUAGAAUUGAAAGAACCGUUCUUGGUGAUAUCGCAUCAUGUAUUGAGGAAAGUUGGACAAAUGCUAAUGCUUAUAUCGAAAUACACAUCGAUAUGAAAGCCGUUCGAAGGCUACAACUUGAAAUAACGCUAGAGUCAAUUAAGUGGUCUUUGGUAGCAGCACCAAAACUGAAGAUCCCAGAAGGGUCAAUCCAUAUAUCGGAAAAGACAUCCAGAAUUAGGUUGUGGAUCGAUGAACCUGUCAAAGAUAAAGAGAAAGGCUCUGGAGGUAUUUAUGAAAGAUUGAAAUUCCUCAAAAGGGCUAUUGCGGAUAUUCAAGUCAAAGGUUUACCUGCUGUAGACAGGGGUGUAGUGACCAAAGACGAGAAGAAUGAUAAGUUCCAUAGAUUGUUGGUUACUGGAUAUGGGUUGAGCGAAGUGAUGGGAACUGAAGGCGUGGAUGGUCUCAAAACAAAGACGAAUCACGUAAUGGAGACUCAGAAAGUAUUGGGCAUAGAAGCUGCCCGGUCGACCAUCUACAACGAAAUUCAAACAACGAUGAAAUCGCAUGGAAUGUCGAUCGAUCCUAGACAUGUCAUGUUACUGGGUGAUGUGAUGACUUAUAAAGGAGAAGUCUUAGGUAUAACGAGAUUCGGUGUUCAGAAAAUGAAAGAUUCAGUUUUGAUGUUGGCCUCUUUCGAGAAGACUACCGAUCACUUGUUCGACGCUUCACUCUUUUCUAAGAAAGACGAAAUUCAAGGUGUAUCAGAAUGUAUCAUCAUGGGUACACCAGCACCUGGAUGUGGUACUUCACUCGCAUCAAUCGUCACUCCAGCACCUCUAUUACCAAGGAAGAAACCACUCUUAUUCGAAACAGCGUACAGAUCAGGUCAAGAUAGGUUGAAGAUGUACAACGGUGGAAUGGAGAUUGACGCUUUCUAA